GUGCCAUGGCGCCGGUAAGGCAUGCUGCAAGGGGGCAGACAGGGAGCUUCGGGUCUUGUAGCGAAGGAGUUUCACUGGUCGGAUUCAGAAAUAAGAAUAUGAAACGGAGGACGUGGCGACCUAAUCAUCCUCAAGCCUUCGCGGGGAGCGUUCGCGAGGGACAAGGCUUUGCAUUUCGAAGAAAACUAAAAAUUCAGCAAAAUUACAAGAAAUUGAUAUGGAGGGAAAAGAAGGCUAAAACCUCACGGGAAUCCCAGUUCACAGAUCGGUACCCUGAUCAUCUGAAACACCUCUAUUUAGCUGAAGAGGAAAGACUCAGGAAGCAGCUUAGAAAAGCUGACCAGUCUUUGUUAGAACAAGUUGACCAGCCUCUGUCAGAAGAACAAGUUGAUCAGCCUUUGCCAGAACAGCAGUGUCGCACUGACCAGGCUUUGUCUGAAGAACAUUGUAGCAUUGAGCAGCCUCAUCCAGAAGAACAAUGUAGCAUAAGAAUAAAUUCCAUUACUAUUCCAAAGAAAAAUAAAAAGAAAACAUCAAAUCAAAAAGCACGGGAAGAGUAUGAGCAGAUACAAGCUAAGCGUGCUGCUAAGAGACAAGAAUUUGAGAGGAGAAAACAAGAGAGAGAAGAAGCUCAAAGGCUCUACAAAAAGAAGAAAAUGGAAGUGUUCAAAAUAUUGAGCAAAAAGACUAAAAAGGGGCAACCAAACUUGAAUUUACAAAUGGAGUAUCUUCUAAAAAAAAUACAAGAAAAAAAUUAGGUCAGACAUGUUGCCUGAUUAAUCAAGGGUUAAAAUAUCUGCUGGCUAUUGAGUUCUCUUGUAUAUGUACUGUCCCUCCUAACAGUUAACUAAAUUUGUCAACACAGACUGGAUUGCUAAGCUAUACUAAAUAUAAAAUGUCCAAAUAUUUUUGUUUUUCUAAAAGAAAAUUUUCUAUAUAUG